ACUUGGAUAGAGGGGGCUGCCAGUAAGAGAAGUUCAGUCAAUUCUGUACAAUACACAUUUAUUGAGCACCAGAUAUAUGCCAUGCUAGAUGGAGGUGACCCAAAGCAUCAAGGAGCAAUAAUCUGCUGGCGGAGACACACACAGUGUCACUGUGGUGUAUUCAAGCAGUCGGCAAGAGAUGAAGCUCAGGGCACUGUGGGGAUAUCCAGAGGCACAGUACCUUCUGCCUGUCAGGCAGGGAGGGAGAGGAGCACAGGCUGAAGGAGAGUAGAAGACAGCAGUUGGCCUCUGAUGGUGGCACUGGAGAGAGAUUUCUAAGGGCCACUUCCCUGUUACCAGGGACUAGGUUGGGCUAGAUAUGGGGCUCAGGAUGAACAAGGCUUACAGCCAGUUUGGAGAAGAUGAAAGAGCAUUACUAGAGGAGUGGGGAGGCCUAGGCUAUGCUCUUUACUCUGCCAUCGACUAUGUGAUCUUGGGCAGGCCACAUAACCUGUCAGGGCUGGCACUCCCUUAUUUGUAAAACUAGAGGGCUGGGCGAGCAUGUUUUCCAAGGGUUCUUCUAGCAUUGAUGGUCAGGUUCCAAGAGGGAACACAGUGUUAGAAGUGGGACGCUCUUCCUCAUUUCUAAUUUCCCAAAGGUUAAGGACCUGGGGAAUUAAUUGAGAAGCCUGAAAAGAGAGGAUCCAGAUAAAAGACAAAGUUCCUGGCAGGGCCAGGGCCACUGCCCUGAUUCCUUAGGUGUGAACAGAGCUUUUCCAGUUUCCAAAGUAUUCUAAAUUACUUCCUGACACAGGGGCAUUGAGAGAAAGAUUCUUACCCCCAUUCCACACGGGAGAAACUGAGGCUCAGGGAGAUUUAAGGAUCAUGCUCAAGAGGUUAUCUGGGGACAAAGUUUACUCAGGAUGUGGAGGGGGAUGCUGAGGAGCAGGGACUGGAGCCUGGGAAGGUAGGGCAGGCUGAGACCUGGGGGUAUGGGUGGAAUGUGUAUGUGGUAGUGGUGUCUGGGCCAUGGAAUGAAGUGGAAUAAAUAGCCAAGAGCUGGGCACUGAGGGAACAAGCUGGGGGGCCCUGGGCGUGGGUUCCCUGGAUCCAGGGAGUGUGAGGAUGGCUUUCCCUGGUUCCUGAGGCAUGGACCAAGUCCCAGCCUGCAUCUGAGCUCUGCUGUGCUAGCUUUGUGGUGUCUGGGUCGGGGAAGUUACUGUUAGAAAGCUGCUGUCAGCAGGCGUCCUUCCAGCUUUCCAUGGAAAUUCUGGGAGCUGCUCCUAGUUUGGAGCCCCACCUUUCUUCCGUGUCCUCAAUGGGCGCAGGACCUUGACGGCCAGUGGGUCCUGCGCCUCCAAGGCCCAGGUUUUUUGCCAACAGCAAUAGGCUACUGGCUGGGUCCAGGCAAGGGAGCCUUAGCAGGAAAAGUUCCUUGCUCUACCUCCACUACACUCAGAGGCCAGUGAGGGGGGUACCAGACAGGACUCCUUCCUUCCUGGUGAAGUGCCCCUGCAGCUCCCCAGUGUCCACGCCAUGGAUAUUUCCUCCACAGAAGUACAAUGCUGAUUAUGAUCUGUCAGCUCAGCAAGGGGCAGACACCCUGGCCUUCAUGUCUCUCCUGGAGGAGAAGUUGCUCCCAGUGCUGGUGAGUGUGCCCAGACCUCCCAGCAUCCAUGGUUAGCAGGGGAGGGGUCGGGCACACAUAGACCCACACAGAGACUCAGGACAGCAUGGGGGUCAGAAGCCCACCCUGAGUCAGACAGGUACACUGGCUCAGACCUGCCUGUUUCUUCCUGCCUACCCAAUCCAGGUACAUACUUUCUGGAUAGACACCAAGAACUAUGUGGAAGUGACCCGGAAGUGGUAUGCAGAGGCUAUGCCCUUUCCCCUCAACUUCUUCCUGCCUGGCCGCAUGCAGCGGUAGUACAUGGAACGGCUAGAGCUGCUGAGUGGGGAGCACAUGCCUGAGGACGAGGAAGAGCUGGAGAAGGAGCUGUACCGAGAGGCUCGGGAGUGUCUGACCCUGCUCUCUCAGUGCCUGGGUUCUCAGAAGUCUUCUUUGGAGAUGCAUGAGUCUGACUCCAAGAGGGUAAUGGGUGGCUUGGGAGAAGAUACAGGUUCAGAUGGAGCAGCUGGGGCUGGGGUGGGGUCAGGCUCUGGACAGGAGGUCCUUGGGACAAAUACUGGUCCUGCUGCCAGUGGGGCUGUGUGUGGGGCCAGAGCCUUCUCAGAGGUACAAAAGGGUAGGGGGAGGGCAGCCAGGCACAGGAGGGGCCUGAAGAGCUGUGGGGCACUGAAUGUGCCCUUUAUGCAGCCCUGGGAUAGAGCCCUAUUCAGGGCCAGGCUGGCGCCACCUGGGGAUCUCUCCCAAUACCAGGUCUAGAACUGUGUGUCCUGUCCUUCCCUGAUGGCCGCCUGCUGCCCAGAGCCCACCUCCCAGGGCUGACUCUUCCUCCAGCUCCAUCUUUACCCCUUCUGCCUCAGUGCUUCUCCUCCAUCCCACCCUUCUCUCUCUGCUCCAGCCCUGCCUCCUUGGACACCUUCGUCUUUAGCUACUUGGCCCUGCUGCUGCAGGCAAAGCUGCCCAGUGGGAAGCUGCAGGCCCACCUGCGGGGGCUGCACAACCUCUGUGCCUAUUGUACCCACAUCCUCAGUCUCUACAUCCCCUGGGAUGGAGGUAAGGGGCAGAUGGGAGGGGCAGCCCUGGGGAGAGUGGGCAGGGAUCUGAGAACUAGUUCCCCUAACUCACCUUCCUUCCUUGACCCUCAGCUGAGGUACCAC